AUGAUUGAGGGAAUGGUGAAGGAUGGUGUUAUUGAACCUUCAUCUAGUCCAUGGUGUUCACCUGUGGUGCUGGUAAAGAAGAAGGACGGCAGCAUGCGGUUUUGUGUUGACUAUCGCCGCCUGAACGACAUUACAAAGAAGGACAGCUAUCCCUUGCCAAGAAUUGAUGACACGCUGGAUAUGCUUACAGGCGUAAAGUGGUUUAGUACGCUAGAUCUGAAAAGUGGCUACUGGCAGGUUGAAAUUGACCCUAAGGACAAGGAGAAAACUGCAUUCUCCACAGGAAAGGGUCUGUGGCAAUUCAAAGUCAUGCCGUUUGGAUUGUGCAAUGCUCCAGCAACGUUUGAAAGGUUGAUGGAGCUUGUACUUACCGGGCUAAUUGGAGAUGCUUGUCUGGUCUAUUUGGAUGACAUCAUCAUCGUAGGCCGUACGUUUGAGGAACACCUUCAAAACCUGGAACGCGUGCUCAUGAAGAUCCAGAGUGCCAACCUCAAGUUGAGUCCAAAGAAGUGCUCACUAUUCAAACGGCAAGUUAGUUUUUUGGGGUAUGUAGUGUCGGAAGAAGGUAUCCGCACGGAUCCAGAGAAAAUUGCUGCUGUCAAGGAGUGGCCGGUCCCAAAAGACAAGACACAGGUUAGAGCAUUUUUGGGUUUGUGCUCUUAUUAUCGGCGAUUUGUGAAGAACUUUGCAGAUAUAGCCAAACCUCUGCACAAGCUAACCGAGGAGAAGCGACAAUUCUGCUGGGAUGAAAGUUGCGAUAUUGCAUUCCAGGAGCUCAAGAACCGCCUGUGCAAAACACCUAUUUUGGGGUACCCUGAUGCGGGCAAGGAAUUCAUAGUUGACACAGACGCAAGUGAUAUAGGACUUGGCGGUGUGUUGUCUCAACGGAAUGGUGAUCAAGAGAUUGUGAUAGCGUACUUCAGCAAGUCAUUGUCAAAGCCGGAAAGGAACUAUUGUGUCACAAGACGGGAAUUGCUUGCUGUGGUAAAGUCCUUGCAGCAUUUUAGCAAAUAUCUUCUAGGGCGGAAAUUCCACUUACGAACUGACCAUGCUGCACUGAAAUGGUUAUUGCAGUUCAAAAAUCCGGAAGGACAAGUUGCGAGAUGGAUAGAACUACUGCAGGAAUACGACUUUGUGAUCGAACAUCGCAGCGGGAAAUCUCAUGGCAAUGCAGAUGCAUUGUCAAGAAGACCUUGCCCUGAAGAUUGCAAGGAUUGUACUAGGCAAGAGGGUAAGGAAGUAGUAUCUGUGAGAAUGCUCAGGACAGACCAGCUCAGCAAUGAGUGGAAGGACAGCCUACAACAUGCACAGCAGGAAGAUUCGGACAUUAAGCCGAUUCUGGAAUGGAUGAAGGCCAGUGAAGAUGAAGCCCAAGUGGAGCGACGUCUCAGCAAUGAGUUCGACCACGAAAAGCUAUUGGGCCCAAUGGGACAGCUUGCUGAUUCAGGAUGGAGUCCUGUGCCGUAA